UGAAGAGUCGCACAAGGUUUCUAAAGAGAAAACCGGGUCUCGGUUCCUCCAAGGACGAUGGCCACCUACAGCCUGGCCAACGAGCGGCUUCGCGCCCUGGAGGACAUCGAAAGGGAAAUUGGCGCCAUCCUUCAGAAUGCAGGGACGGUCAUCCUGGAGCUGUCCAAGGAGAAAACCAACGAGCGGCUCCUCGACCGGCAGGCGGCGGCCUUCACCACGUCGGUGCAGCACGUGGAGGCGGAGCUGUCGGCCCAGAUCCGCUACCUCACCCAGGUGGCCACAGGACAGCCCCACGAGGGCUCCAGCUACUCCUGCAGGAAGGACUGUCAGAUGGCCCUGAAGCGAGUGGACUAUGCCCGCCUCAAGCUCGGUGAUGUGGCCCGCACCUGUGAGCAGAUGCUGGAGAGCUAAGACCCACAGGCAGAGGGAGACCUGCCCUGGCACCUUGGUGGGGUGGGGGCUACGGAACCUGGAGACUGGUGGGAUGAGGGAGCACCCCUGGCGCCCACAUGCUGUGCUGGGCAGGGUGGAGCAGGACUCCGGGGCAGCAGGUGGAGAUGGACAGGCCUGUGGCCCUACUACUCAGCAAGCUGCCCCUGCUCUGCACAGCAGUAGGGAGGCGCUCUCCCAGGCACCCUACCCAGGUCCUCACCACAGCAAGCCCAGCUUCCUGCUUGCUGGACUCGACGAGGAGGCGUUCUUCUUUCCUAAUGGAGGUGAAACAAGAACUAAGGGUUUACAUAAUAAAAGUAAAGAUGAGUUUUAGAAAAAGAAGAAAUCAGACUGUUU